AUGGCAUCGCCUCAAGCCGCACACUUCAACACGGUGGAGUCGGGGACAGUCUCAUUAGACCAACGGGAACGUGCAGAGGCGCUUUUUCAAAAUGCGAGGCUAGCACGUAAGAGACGGCAAGCAGUUCACCGAGGACUACGCAUAUCUAUUGUGACACUCGUCGGACUUGCUGCAGUAUUGCUCAUCCUCACAUGUGUUCACCGCAUAGGCUUGCGUCGAGUUGCUGGCCGACAUGACUGGCGGAGGCUUGCGAACUCUUCUCCGGGAGGCAACCCCUCUGGAGAUGGUGAGGAGAAAAAUAAUGAUGAAUGCGAACCAAUGUUAGAAGGAGCUCAAGCGGUCCCAGCUUCGGAAGAGACUGGACAAGAAACAGGCGGCGGGCCUGUGUUGGGGGAAGAAUCAUUCUAUGAAGAGGCUCCGUCAGGAACUGAUGAAGCUCGGAUGGAGGAACUUCAAGCGCAUGAGCCCAUGGAGUUAUCUGGGCCUGAGCCAGAGACUGGCGCUGCGGCUCCUGCGCCAUCGACUUCCUCGGGAGUCAGGGCCCCACCAUCUCCUCCACGAAAAAGGAAAGCAAAAACAAAGCAUUUAGAGAAGAGCAGCCCUAGAUCUGGAAGCCCACCGAGUUCAGUGCCACAAAAUGUUGCAGAGUGCUUACUUGGAGUUGAUUACUUUGAAAGCCUUGCGCUUGAUAUGUCAAAUGGGAAUCCUGCACAUGCGGGAAUCGGCAAGCUUGAAGCAAUACAGCAGGCUGCAGAUAACACUCUGAGCUGCGCUGAAAAUGCAGAAGGAGCAGUUAGUCACGAUACUAUGAGUUCACUCGUAAGGUUGCUGGGUCUACUUUUGGACAUGUUCCAGGAUGAAAUGACGAAGACGAGAAUUUUAUUAACUGAGACCGAUUUAGGCCCGGGAAGGGAUGCGCUUCAAGAUGUUAUGGAAAAUUUGAAUGAGGCCGACAAUGAAAUGCGUGCUAUAGAUCAAUUUAUUUCAAGCCAUUCUCCGUACAGAGAAGGCCUAUUUCCAGCAGUACAUGACAACGCAGAUGCAAUGAAAGCCAUUGCCAUUCAUAUGGCCUGUCUGGAGUUGGGGGUAAACAGCGCGGAAGCUCUAGCAGACGCAUAUGAGGAAAAAAGGACAAGUGAAUCACGGGAGAGGCUUGAAGAAUUUUUGGGUGUGUUCGGUUCCUUUGGAGAGCACCUGAGCGUUUUGCUGCAGUGGAUGGAUGGCGCUGGUCUGGAGGGCCCCCGGCGAGUGUUAAGCACUUACUCGACAAUGUUAGAUAAAUUCGUCGGUAUUGCUAGAGAGAGGCUUCACAAUACAAAUACGAGCCUUAAUGUGUCGCCUCUUGCUUCACCAGUGGGGCCUAUGAUAUCUAUAAUUCCAUUUGAUAUGCAAGGCUUCACUGUCGCUUCGCCGGCUAGACCUCUACAGGACGCUACUUUGGGAUUAAGAAACAUGUCUCGUAAACACAGGAGUUCGCCGACCGCUGAGUCACGCGCUCAACUAGAGACGCAGAUAACUCUCUGUGAAAUCCUAAUUGGCGACGCCCAACAACAAGUUUCUCAAGGCCAAAUUGCAGAUCCUUUACUGCCCGAAGUCGUCGGAUGUAUUUGUGAGCUUACUGAGGCCAUUGGGGAGGUUCGUAACAUGUUGGAAAGAUCUUAA